UAUAGUCCAACCAGACAGCCGGACAAUAGAAUGGAUAUUCAUCUAAACCAGGGGUGUGCAACAUGCGGCCUGUUACCUGCAAGCCAUUUAGUGUGGCACUUGUCAACACUCAGGUUUUUCCCAUCAAGCAUGAAAUCCUGAUCUGAUAGUUUAUGUUUAGAAAGUUGCUCACAUGAGUGAAAAUACAUAAUGUUUUUUUUGCUCACGUCGUUGCAUUAAAUCAUUCGCCGAUUUUCCCAUUGCCUUUAUUACGUAUUCUCUUCUUUUACCUUUCUCGCGGCGCUAUAGUUGUUGCUAAUGUAUUUUGUUGCUGCGGGCUUUCAUAACACUCGGACAUUUGUUUACAACAUUGAAUUGCAGGAUGUUAUGGAAACCAAGAGAAAACACUCUAAAAACAGUUUGGUCAAUUUAUUGAAAAUUGUACGCUCAUUUUCCUAUAUUUAGACUACCUCAGUCAUAAUGCUUCCUUUUAAUUUGUAUUUUAGUGAACUGUAAAAAUUUGGUGAUAGUAAAACACAGAAAACAUAAAUAAAAUGGCCAAUAGUGCUGUUUCUCCAACUGAUCCGUACGAUGAGUCAUCUUUCAUGUCAUCAGCAUGGGUGUCUCAUGGAACUACAUUCAAUCCCCUGUCUAAUGGUGCAGUAAGUGACACAGAUGAUGAAUUAAUCAGUGCAAUGCCAUAUAAAGAUGAUGUUUUCAAGGAAGAUGAUGAACCUCCUUUGAAUAUUUCAACUUUUCAUAAUAAAGCUGAUGUAGAUUCCCCAAGUUCAAGGCGACAUCUUCUUGAAGCACUUGACAAAGGAAUGGGAGUAGGUUGGGAUGAAGUUGGAACUUACGAGGAUUUUCAUACUAUCGACUGGCUUCGAGAAAUGUCAAGAGACAGGUUACGACAUCGUCAAAUUAUUCAUAGAAAACGAGAAUCAUGGCAUAAGUUUUUUAAGGGUAUGCAUGAUGCAUGGUCCGGUUGGCUUGUCGUUUUACUUGUUGGACUCGCAGCUGGUACUUGUGCUGGUAUUAUUGAUAUUGUCUCAAAAUGGAUGACGGAUUUAAAAGAAGGAAUAUGCCCUGAUAAAUUCUAUUUAAACAAAGAAUCAUGUUGUUGGAGUGCCAAUUUUUCUUUGGAUCAAAAUUCCUGUUCUGAAUGGAAGACUUGGAGCGAAAUGUUUUUCAAUGAAAAUAUGAAUGGUGCUGGCGUAUAUAUUGCGAAUUAUGCCGCAUAUGUUAUUAUUGCUGUUCUUUUAGCUACGAUGGCUGUAAUAUUGGUUCGUACGUUUUCACCAUACUCUUGUGGUUCUGGUAUUCCAGAAGUAAAAACUAUUCUCAGUGGCUUUAUUAUCCGUGGUUAUCUUGGGAAAUGGACUUUACUGAUUAAAUCUGUUGCAUCCCCAUUGGCUGUGUCAGCUGGACUGAGCUUAGGUAAAGAAGGUCCACUUGUUCACGUUGCAUGCUGUUGCGGAAAUAUAUUUGCUCAUCUAUUUCCAAAAUAUGGUAAAAAUGAAGCUAAACGCCGUGAAGUAUUAUCAGCGGCAUCAGCAGCUGGAGUAUCAGUGGCGUUUGGUGCUCCAAUUGGUGGCGUUUUGUUCAGUUUAGAAGAAGUUAGUUACUAUUUUCCUUUGAAAACAUUAUGGAGAUCAUUCUUUUGUGCGCUUGUUGCUGCUUUUAUACUUCGUUCCAUUAAUCCUUUUGGCAAUUCUCAUCUUGUUAUGUUCUACGUUACUUAUAAUAAGCCGUGGUUUCUUUUUGAACUCUUACCUUUUAUACUAUUAGGGGUAUGUGGGGGUCUUUAUGGUGCUUUUUUCAAUCACUCUAAUCUUCUGUGGUGUAAAUUUCGUAAAAAUUCUAAACUUGGGCAAUAUCCCAUUCUUGAAGUUGUUUGUGUAACUCUGAUUACUGCUCUUGCCUCAUUUCCGAAUCCAUACACAAGAAAAAACACCAGUGAACUCAUAGCAGAACUAUUUCGAGAAUGUGGACCAGAUGACACGUCCGAUAUUUGUGAUUAUGCUCCAGCUAACGUAACAUUACCAAAUGCUAUUUCAUCGCCAGCAAGCGAUAUAGGCGAAGGCAUGAAGACUGCUUUGUGGCAGCUUGCUAUUGCUCUGGCUUUUAAAUCUGUCAUCACUAUAUUUACAUUUGGGAUUAAAGUUCCUGCUGGACUUUUUAUACCCACUAUGGCAGUUGGUGCAAUAACUGGCAGAAUGCUUGGCAUUGGAGUUGAGCAAUUAGUCAAUCAAUAUCCAGAUGUAAUUCUGUGGAAUCAGAGCUGCAGUCCCCAGAAAAAUUGUGUCACACCUGGCUUAUAUGCAAUGGUUGGUGCUGCUGCAGCCCUCGGAGGAGUCACCAGAAUGACUGUCUCUUUGGUUGUUAUAAUGUUUGAGCUCACUGGUGGUUUGCAAUACAUUGUACCAUUGAUGGCUGCUGUGCUAACUAGCAAGUGGAUUGGAGAUGCAUUUGGAAAAGAAGGCAUUUAUGAUGGGCAUAUACAUUUGAAUGGUUAUCCAUUUCUUGACAGUAAAGAGGAAUUUACCCAUACAACGUUAGCUACAGAUGUGAUGAGACCUCGAAGAAGUGAUCCACCAUUAACCACGAUUACACAGGAAGGUAUGACAGUUGGUGACUUGGAAACUAUUAUAAAAACAACAAAAUAUAAUGGAUUUCCUGUUAUUAAUACCAAAGAAUCUCAGCGAUUUGUCGGCUACGUUUAUCGCCGAGAUUUAAUUGUUGCUCUUGAAUCUGCUCGUCAACGUGAUGACGGAAUAGUGAGCACAUCGCAAGUAUUUUUCAAACUGGACACAAGUUUGCUUAGUGCUGGAGAACGAGUUCAGAGCAAAGUAACAUUGUUCAACAUUGUGGAUUUCAGCCCAAUUACUGUUACGGAUCACACACCUAUGGAAAUAGUAAUGGAAAUUUUUCGGAAACUUGGAGUAAGACAAACGCUUGUCACUCAUAGUGGGAAACUGUUGGGUAUUAUUACUAAAAAAGAUGUUUUGAGACAUGUUGCUCAGAUAAACCAGCAAGACCCAGAUUCAAUCAUGUUCAACUAAAUCAAUCAUCAGAAUGUUUGAUCUGACACCCAGUAUAAAAUUGAGCAGUAUUCCAAUUUUUUCAGGCAUCUCAAUAUUGCAUGUGCUUAUGAAUGACAAAAGACGAUAAGUUUAUUUCAUCAUGCAAGAAAUCAAAACACAAAUCAUUACAUGAAUGUUUAUACAUGUACAUGUUAUUAUGAAUGUUUACGUACAAGGAAGCAUAAACAUAGAAGUUGUAUCAAUUGUAGCGAAAUUGAAUAUUUAAGUUGUGGAAUAUUUAUUUGGGUUUCACCCAGGGCUCAUAAAACUUGAAAAAGAUUACUUCCUUGGAAUUUUGACUAGAGCUCACAACUUGAGAAAACCAAAUUUUGAUGGUUCAGCAUAUGAAAGUGUAAUUGUCUGUUGUGAAUGUUUCGUUAACUUAAUGCUUUUUAGGUUCUGUCCAAAGUUUGCACUUUAUCAUCACCAUUAAAGUCUGCAAUGUCGACUCCCAACUCUGGAGAGUUUGAAUAUACAGCUCGGACUUCUCAAACAUGUGUGACUUAACAGCUUUGGUUCAAUUUGUCUUUUCAGUAUGAGAUCCCAACAUGAUUUUCCUGACAGACUGAACCGUCAACAUAAGACUUCUUUCUGCCUUGGUUUACAUUUCUUAUUCAAAGUAGUAGCAAAUUACACUUUUAUUUCCUUUUCAAAUAUACCUGGAGAUUAUGAUUAUAUAUUGCUGUGAAGAUUCCUAUUAUAUUUAUGCAUAUCGUUCAGUUCAUUUAAAGCUUCGUCAUGUUCUGUAUUAUGGUAAUGUAUGUCAUAUAAAUAUAUAUAUAUACUGGUAUCUAUAAAA